AUGAGUACAAGGGGGAAGAGGAAAGCACGCAGGGGCUCGUCCGCAGUGCGGCAGUCUACGUCGCCUGGGUCUCCGGCAGGCCAACUUGAUGACAGCGAGCAACAAGACGUUGCUCAGCUUCUUGGGAUACAGGAAGGAUAUCUACCAGUUCUUCCAGGUACGAUGGAAGGGGAGACCCCUGUCCAUGCUCCAUACACUCGGGCAGGCAUGGCCCACACCGGGUUUCGGGUUGAUUCGUACCCGUACAGCGAGUUACGACAGAGUUAUGAGGGCGAUGUCGAGCGGCUUUACACCCAGCAUAGCGCAGGUCUGGAGGACACUGAGACAGAGGCCCAGCAACACAUGGCAGGUGGGGUACAGGCCACAGAUGACCCGCAGCCCACCAACCCUGCUCCCGACGCUCGGUUACGCCCUCGGCAGGUCCGGAUCAUAAGUACUGAUUCUGAAGGAAACACCGUUAUUGAGGUGUUUACCAUUCUUGAUUCGCACAGGCGGCCGGGAGUCCCCCCCGGCAAACGGAUCAUUUUGGAGUACAAUGCAUCAUGCCAGCCCGUUGGAUUUAGUGCCGUGCGGUUCAGACGGAUGACCGGAGACAUAGUUAGGAGCGAAAAUUUCGUCCGAAUACCAGACGAUUGGACGAAGGUACCGGACCGUACCAAGGAGGAUAUUUGGGACGCCUUGAUGGCAUACUUUUUCGUUCCACCCGAGUACAACUUGGAAGCAGUAAAAAAUGAAGCAUUUAAGGAUAUGGGCUCCAAGCUGCGGACUUGGAGGCACGAGCUCAAAAAAAUAUGUGCCAGUACGGAGGAAGAUACGCCGGACACUAUACGGGCAAGACUGGGGGGACAGACGCUAGGCGAGUACAAUCCCGUCGAUCUGGAUAUCUUAUUGGAGAGAUGGUGUACCCAGGAGAAUAGGGAGUACGCGGCGAAAAUGAAGAGCUUGCGAGCAUUAAAUGAUUCACCACAUUGCACCGGAUCAAUGAGCUAUGCCAGGUUGACACAUGAGGAGGCCGAACGUUUGGGCCAUCAACCCACUCGUGCACACAAUUAUGUCAAGUCACACACGAAGAAGGGCGGUAGAUAUCCGAAUGAUAUUGUGAAGGAGAGAUGUGAAAAGAUGAAUGAGCUUAUACCCACCGACCCUGCAGCAUCGUCUAGCAUCACAGAGAGAACGGUCAGGUGGGCGCCAAACGACGCAUUCGCCCAGGCAAUGGGAAAUAAGCCUGAGUAUGCCGGUAGGGUUCGGAUGGCCGGACCAAAUAUUCUGCCUGUGCGGGGGACCAUACACUCAUACUAUACACCGUCACAGGCACGGUCAGGAAACGUCAGGUAUUCCACGAUAUCACAAGACACACUUGAUAGAGCGCUUGACGCGGAGAGGGCGAAGCACAAGGAAGAGAUCGAUGCGUUGUUGGCCGAGAACAAUGCGCGGGUAGCCCAGCAAGUGGCGGAGCAGAUGGCUGAGAACAAUGCCCGGGUAGCGCGACAGGCAGCUGAACAGGAGGCUGAACGUCAGGCAAGGUUUGACGCCCGUUUUCGCCAACUUGAGGAAAUGAUCCGGUUUCACACCCCACCAGACAAUGCUUCCCCACCCUUUGCGCUGGUAAUGGACAUCGUCGAGAGGAUGCUAUGGAUGUCAAUGAUCGCUAGUCUGGUCGAGAAUUUGAGGCUAUUCACAGUUGUGUAUAAGUUGAUGUAA